AUGAAGGCGGCUUUAGCUGCACGCCCCUCGUCUCAAACCCAGGCUCGUCUUCAGCAAUUGCAGCAGGCCGUAGUGACUCAGGCUAGUCAGUCUGGACAAAGCGCUACGGCCGUAACGCAGCAGCUGAUCCACGAUGGGUUCAUGCUCGAUGCUCGUGUGACCGUGGUAUUUUAUGUCAUGGCAUGUGUCUUCGUCUAUAUGAUGUCUCGUCUUCGAGUAGCCAACAAUAAAUUUGCUCUGGCCCAGAUAUUCAGCAUCAUCAUCACUGAUCUCUUCCUGCUUUUUGGACCGACUUUGCCUUCGUUUACCGCCCUGUUGCCUAAAGUCUUGAUUGAGCCUGGUGCUAUAGGAAUCGGACUGGGAGCAGCUUGUUGUGUCCUUUUCUUUCCGCAGUCCACUUCUUAUGCGCUUCUAACCAAGAUGGAGCAGCUGCUUCGCUUGGGACAGGUACCGGUGAAGUGUACUCAGGCACGUCUUCAUGGUGAGGACCUCAAUUUGCAGCAGCUUGUCGACACAAAGAGUAAAGGCAUCGGUGCGCUCAAGGCUCUUGAACCGUUAUUGGCGUUUCUUCCUUUAGACAUCUCUCGGGGUCAUUGGGGUGCCGAUGACUUGAAAGUUCUACAGCAAGCACUACGGAAAACACUGGUCGCCUCUCUGUCUUUGCUGAAUUACCAUAUCGCACGGAUACAUGAUGAUGAGAAUAUAGCGAGGCUUGCGAGGCAUGAUGCGAUUCUAGCCAAUAACGAUUCUGGAGAAAAGAAGAACCAAGCUAUUGGCCAUCAUCAGAUCCAGGAGAGUCAUAAUCUGCUGCACGCCUUUCAGGAUGCAGAGGAAACGGCCAUCCGUGCACGUACUCUUGAGGCACUCCAGCAUUCCACUCAGCCGCUUCUACAAGCAAUCUCGAGCGCAAUAGAUAUCAGCAUUGAGACCAUCAAUACGGUGAACAAUCGGCGAUGGCUCCGUGCACCCUCACAAACGCAGAUGGACCAGCAGAUCACGCGAGUGAAAGACGCGUUGGAGACCCUUAGCAGAAUCCGCGCAUCCAGCAUCACCGCGACCACCGAAGCACUGAUAGACAGCCAUGCAGAGAUCUUUGAUGACGAGGGUAAUUUCAAGUUUGGUGGAAUGGGUGGCAUGCAUGUGCUGCGAGGAAUCAUUAUCGGCAUGGUUAUUGAAGAGCGCAUUUUGACGUUGGCCGAAGCGACCCAAAAACUUAUCGAACAGAUCUUGUGGCUGCUGGAAAACCGCCCAAAACCUAGGCUUUGGAUCCCAUCUCGAUUACAGUAUGCCUUUGCCUGGGUCGGAACUGGUAGUGUUCCCACUCCAAUGUCAGCGGCUGCAGGAAACACGGCAACGGAUCCGGAGGCGCUCGAGGAACGAACCCGGGAAGCGGAUCGUCGACUGAGGAUCAGCCGGGGAUAUGGCAUACCCCAGCGCACUCGCAUCACACGUAUCGUUAUAUCAAUCUACCAGUGGUUGUUUAACCCAGCCGGCAUGUAUGCUCUCCGUAUGGUGGUGGUGACCAUCGCAACUUCGAUUCCUUCUUCACUCCCCCACACCGCUGGAUUCUUCUACCGAGAGAAAGGCAUUUGGGGGGUUAUCACCGCACAAACUACACUCCUGGUCUACAUGGCCGACUUCACCAUGGCACUGAUAUCUCGUCUCGUCGGCACGGUGGUUGGUGGAGUUCUGGGCAUGGUCGCCUGGUACAUCGGCUCGGGACACGGGCCUGGCAACGCAUACGGGCUGGGAGCGAUUACAGCAGCAAUGACAGUGGUGCUGAUGUGGUGGAGAAUCUUCCUGCCACCGACGCUGGCCAUGGCUGCUAUUAUGAGCGGUGCCACAUUCGUCUUGGUCGUCGGCUUCAGUUACGACGAUGGUCACAUCCAACAGUAUGGCCUUCCAGGUCGCGGCUACGAGGCAUUCUGGAAGCGACUGGUUACUGUUCUCCUCGGAUUUGUUGCUGCCACCGUCGUUCAACUCUUCCCCAGACCGCCAUCUGCCACCCGCCAUGUUUGCCAGACUCUAUCAAACUCCGUCCGAACAAUAUCAGAUCACUACGCCUUGGUAUUAUCCCACUGGGCAAGAGCCGACCCAGAGCACCCGAUCGCCACCGUAGCAGAGAAAAUAACACUCGAGAUGGCCGAAACCCUCUUAUCACUGAAGGCACCGAUCGGUCUCCUCCGAUUCGAAAUGAGCUUCGGACCCUUCAACCGUAAAACGCUCUCACGGACACAAUCCCUCCUCGAAGACAUGAACCAAGCCUUGGGCCGUCUGCUCGUUUUAUCCACCACACUUCCCCUGAAUCUACAACAACGACUGAUGGAAAGAGUAGGAUUUAUGAACGACUACACCGUGGGAGAUAUAAUGGCCGUGUUAGGGGUAAUCGAACAGGCACUCAAGGCGGGUGCCGCACUGCCCGAACGGCUGCCCACGCCGUUAGUCAAGCGGUGCUACGAGGCAUGGGCCCAGCAGCAUCAGACGGCUGAGCUGAGCAAGACGCUGGUCCGGGACGAGAAUUAUCGACGAUAUUGUGUUGCAAUUAGCUCGUAUUUGAAGUUUUUGGCAUCGAUCGAUGAGUUGGUUCUGGUCUUGAAGGCCGCGUUGGGGGAGUCGCAUAUUGUUGAUCGCGGAGAGGAGCUUGUCUAG